UUGUAAUAUAACAACAGCAAGAGGUGAUGGGAUGGUGCGUAAAGUAUGCAGGCAAGCAAAAAUGUACUUGUACAUACAGCAACAAGAUUUGAUACAAUGCAGUAAAUUGUUUUCGACUUGCAAAGAGCAAACGGUGCUGGUAAAUGUAGAACGUUCUGAUUUGCAUCAACAGGAAACAAUAGCUUUCGAACGCAAGUUGUUUUAAGCAAUAAGGGCAAAUCUUGUGACUUAAAGCAGCAGUUUCGGCAUUUCCUUUUUACUUAAUUGCAGUCAUUAUUGCACCAUACGCGCAAUAAAGAAGUAGGUAUAUUGCUGCAAGCGUUACAAUGUUUUCUGUUUGCACAUGUAACACAGCAGAACAGCUAUUUAUUUUUACGAUUUACCUGGCUAAAAUAAUUAUGUUUAUAGUUAUUUUUGCUGUGUUUACAGAUUUUAGUGGAAAAUAUUGCAAUUGCUGUACGAGAAAAGAAAGCGAAAAUGAAAAUAUUUCUGUUUGGGAUUUUGUUGAUAUCAUAUGCUGUAUCAAGCUUGCAAGAAGUAUUCCCUGUUGGUGGCAGAGGACAAUACGCUUUAAAUUAUUGGCAAGCUCGAGCAAAAUGUGCUUCGCUGGGAGCUAGUUUGGCUUCAAUACAAGAAUUAGAUCAAGCACGACUUAACGGUUUGUCUCAUUGUUCUUGCGGUUGGCUGUUAGAAAAGAAAGCUGGAUAUCCCAUGAACGAAACAAAGGCUGGCUGUGGUAAUCGACCUGGCGUUCAUUUAUGCAACUGGCGUGAAACAUGGGACGCAUUCUGUUACAUGGACACAGCCAUAGCAAACUGCUCGUCACCGCUUGGUGUAGAGACUGGAGAAAUAACCGACGGUCAGAUGACAGCUUCCAGUGUUUACCACUCGUUCUGGAAUGAAAGAUGGAAUCCACACCUUGCACGUUUACACAAGGAAGGAGUUAUCAACGCAUGGAUGCCACACCACGAUGGUAGGAAUCAAUAUUUGGAGAUCGACAUGGGAUCAGCUAUGGCUGUUACUGGUAUAGUCACACAAGGAGCACGUCGUUACCUGGCCAACCAGUUCGUGACGUCAUUUAAGGUCGCACACAGCAAAGACGGGGAAUUCUGGCGAACCUACACCGAGGAUAACGUUGAAAAGAUAUUCGCGGGCAACUUUGACAACGAUACACCAGUUCGAAACAGCUUUAAAAACCCGAUACUAGCGCGUUACAUCAAAUUCAAACCCAUGACCUACCAAAAGCACAUAACACUGAGGAUGGAACUGUACGGAUGCGACAUUGAAGAUUAUAACAUGGAAUUGGAACGGAAACGGGCUGUGCGAGUUACUGCAAUGAACGGGUUCGGAGAACGUAUUCCACGACAGUAGGUUUCUGUUUAUAAAAAACUGACAAUGUCCGAACAUUUUUAGGGGCAUGUGAAUACAAACUCUUUGAUUUUCGUAGUAGUGGGGUAAGAUGGACCAUGUUUUUAUCCUGUUUGGUAGUCUUCCUAUUUGGUAGUCAUCAAAAAAUAAUUUCAGAAUAUUUUAGAAUUAUACAUAACCGUAUAUUUACCACUAAAAAUACGAUUACGAAAUAAGGGAUUUUAUGUGCUGUCGGUAUCCAUCUUACCCCACAGUACUGUAGGUCUGCAGUAACAUUCCAGAUAUCUAUAUACCCGUGCAUGUACAUAAAUGCUGGUAACUGUAAAUACAAACCUUAAAGUACAGA